AUGGCACGACGGGGAUGCGGAGUAUUGCUGGAGCGCCUGGUCGUCUUUAUUGUUUCGUUGGCUCUCACUAUGAAUUCUUCUUCCGCACAGCUGCGAUACUCUAUUCCCGAAGAGCUAACGGUGGGUUCUGUUGUUGGAAAUAUCGCUAAAGAUUUAGGGAUGGAUCACAGUGCUUUGCAUGCUAGAGGAUUUCGCAUCGUUUCUGAAUCGACUGAACCCCUGUUUCAACUCAACAGCAACGGCAUAGUACACGUUAACAGAAAAAUAGACCGAGAAGAGGUGUGUGAACGGAUAACCACCUGUAUUCUCAACAUAAAAACUGUGCUGGAGAAUCCCUUAGAGGUCCACUACGUCGGCAUUGAGGUUUUAGAUGUAAAUGACCACUCUCCCACCUUCACGGACAACCAGACGCAUUUAGAGAUAUCCGAAUCUGCUUUACCUGGGGCGCGAUUUCAGCUACAAGGCGCCCGAUCAAACUUAUGGAGCUAUUUUGGGAUGUAUUUGUGCCUUUUUCUACUGGAUGUUUACUGGCAGACUGUGGCUGGGCAGCUCUCAUAUUCAAUCUCAGAGGAGGUAAACCCGGGGACUCCUGUUGGGAAUAUCGCUAAGGAUCUAAACCUGAAUUCACAAGAGUUGGAAUCUCGUAUGUUUCAAAUCGUUACUGGAUCAAAGAGAAAAUUUUUCGAGGUAAAUCUAAAGACUGGUGUUCUGUAUGUCAGUGAGAGAAUAGACAGAGAGGAGCUCUGCUCGGAGGAACUAAAAUGUCCAGUAAGUGUAGAAGCCAUAAUAAAUAACCCAUUGAAGCUUUAUCGUAUUGAUGUAGAGAUCUUAGAUGUAAACGACAAUGCUCCUUUGUUUACAACCAAACUGCAAAAUUUAUAUAUUGCAGAGAGCACAUUGCCUGGAGUGAAAUUUGAAUUAUCCGAAGCAACUGAUGCGGAUAUGGGGAAAAACGGAGUAAGCACUUACAAAUUAAGCCAAAAUGAAAAAUUUUCGUUGGCCGUGCACAAAGCAGGUGACCGUGUGUCUGCUGAGUUGGUGCUGCAGAAAGCCUUAGACCGAGAAAAGCAGGCAGUCAUCACUAUGACACUGACAGCUGUAGAUGGAGGGACCCCACCGAAAUCCGGCACCUCGCAACUCGUUAUUAAUGUAUUAGACAAUAAUGAUAAUAUUCCGAUCUUUAGUGAAUCCUUGUAUAAAACAAAAAUUCCAGAAAACAUUCCACUGGGGUUAAAGGUAAUCACAGUGAACGCCACUGAUGCAGAUGAGGGUUUAAACAGUGACAUUGUAUAUUCGCUGAGAAGCAAAGACCAAGAUCACGUACUUGAUAUAUUUGAAAUUGAACCUCAGACUGGUGUCAUUAAGGUCAAAGGGAAAAUAGACUUUGAAGAGAGGAGGGCUUUUGAGGUACGUGUUGUGGCCAGUGAUAAAGGGCAUCCUCCGAUGUCCGCUCACUGUAAAGUGCUGGUAGAAGUGGUGGACUUAAAUGAUAAUGCUCCUGAGAUCACGGUGACGUCAUUACAUAGGAAGGUAAAAGAGGAUGCUCCUGUAGGCACCGCAGUUGCACUUGUAUCUGUCCUCGAUAAAGACGGUGGAAAAAACGGUGAUGUGGAGAUUCAAAUUAAAAACAAAGCGCCAUUCAAACUCGAAACUAACUACAAAAAUUAUUAUUCGCUGUUAGUUGAUGGACCUCUGGACAGGGAGAAAUUCUCUAUUUACAAUGUCAAUAUAAUCGCUAAUGACAAAGGGAUUCCACCACUUACCAGCACAAGUGUAGUUUCCAUACACGUUUCUGAUGUCAAUGAUAAUGCACCUCUGUUCACGGAGGCUGUAAUUAAUGUUUAUGUGAAUGAGAACAGUCCAGUGGGAGCAGUCAUUAAAAGAGUGACUGCAACUGAUGCAGACAUAGACCAAAAUAGCCAAAUCAGCUAUUCAUUGUUAAAAAUUGGCAAUAACCAGCUGCUGUUAUCUACAAUGAUUAAUAUCAACUCGGAGACAGGAGAUAUAAUCAGCCUGCAGUCUUUUAACUAUGAGGAGUUAAAAACAUUCCAGUUUAAAGUUCAGGCCACAGACUCUGGUGUUCCUCCGCUCAGCAGCAACGUGACUGUCAACGUUUUAAUCCUGGAUCAAAAUGACAACAGUCCCACGAUUCUCACACCAUAUUCUGAGGACGGCUCCGUUAACAGUGAGAACAUCCCCUAUUCUGCCGAAGCGGGAUACUUUGUGGCAAAGAUCAGGGCUCUCCUCCUAGAUUUAGAUGAUGGUGACGAUGAUGCUUUGCAAGGCUUUGUUACAAGAGGGGCAGUAUGA